AAACGAAGUACGUCGAAGUACUGUAAUGGAGAGGCCGACGACACGGCGUGGUGUCCGCCGACGUCCGGCAAACGACGAUGAAGAAAUCGCGCGAGAGAUGCCACCCAACAAGAAGGCGCUGGUGGAUCUGCUUGAGAAUCUGUGCAUUUCCAUGUCUAGCAAUAACAACUCAGCUGCACCCGUGGACGGCAACCGAUCGUAUACUGCUGCCACCUUCAUGUCGACGAACGGACCGCGCCAAUUUGUGUACCCCAGGCGGAGCCAACAAAGCAUCUACUCUGAAUACAUGCGGAAGAUGAACAACACUGCCCCCAAACCGCCUCGCGAUCCAUCCCUUGGCGCGAUGGUGUUGUACAACACAUCACCGACCCUUCCGUCGCCAUUAAGACGGUAUAUGCUUCCUCCAUUUACCAUUCCCGAAGGCAGUGAAAGUGACGGCGAUUACGACGACAGCGGGAUGAUGAUGGAUGUCGACAUGGACAGCGACGACAGCACCGUCCAAGCUCCGAGUCAACCUCGCUUGGCGGGCAACUUGACGCAUGGCGAGUGGUUCCUACCCGAGGACGACGAGGAUGAUGCCAUGGAUAUCAUGGACAUGUUGUAAUCACCAGCAUCUAUUUACUCGUGUCGUCGUUCAUGUGGAAGGAACGUUUCGUCCGUGGCGUCGAUCGAUCUUAUUGCGCCCAAAUAUCGAAUGUGAAAUAACGUUAAAAAAUCAAUGACAUCGCGCCCUAUACACUGUACUUACGGAGGUCAUAUUGGCGGUUUCACUUUUAAAAUAGCCAUCGAGG